AUGGCGUCGUCCAUCUCGGAAGAGGAGAUUGAGAGAGAGGUCCGCACGCUCAAGAAUCUCCGAAGAAGGUCAGCAUCGGCCCCAGGACCAGGCGACCUCGCGCUCGACCCCGACCUCCCCCCACCAGACGCGUUCUCCACUGGACCAUCCUACUCGUCUAAUGAUGACGUGACGCUCGCAACUCCCGACGGGCUCGACGGCGACGCGGGCCUGUUCUGGGUGCCAGCCCACCUUCAUCCCGAGCUCGCACCCGGCGAGUUUCGCGCCUUUCUCAAACAACACACCCAGGUUGACCCCGGCGCCGUCGAGACGGGCGAGACGGGCGAGGCAGCACUAGCUCGCAGUCCAUCAUGGCUCGCACGCAACAACUCUCUCUCAGGCGGCCUGGGGCGCAAAAAGUCGAUGCUGUCCAGGCAAUACACGCCUCGGGCGGGCGACAAGGUCGAAGACGAAGCACCGCCUGUCCCCGUCCGGCGCCCAUCCAUGUACGCGGGGCGGAAUGCCGACAAGGGCCUCACACUUCACGACCUCCAGAAACUGGAGGAGCUCGUCGAGGACGCUGACCUGAGCGAUGACCCCGAGAAAAUGCGCAAGAUGCUUCGCCGCAGCUUGAGUAUGAACGUUGCCCCCGGAUUCCUCGAGGAGACGCCCCAGGGUGAACGGAGCGAAGCAGACGCACCAAUAGUAGUCCCUCGACCUGGAUCGAUUAUCCGCCGUACAGCUCGAACCAAGAUCCGCAAGGGCGGCCCCGGCGAGGGCGGGAGUCGAAGAUUCUCAUCCACAAGGAGGGGACGCCUCACAUCGCCGAGCAGUGGAGCCGUUGAUCAGGUUGAGGAAGGAGACAGCCUGCGGAGCGAGGACCGACGUAGCGACGAAACCGAGAGCGAGGAGCACAGCUCCGAGUCGCCUCACGCUUCCCUCACCAGCAGUGAUUCGGCCGUGGUGGACAGUGCAAGGUCACCGGCCCCUGCAUUGGCCCCGACCAAGCUUCCGGUGCCCCAUCCGCAGGUCGUGCAGCAGCCCCCAUCACCCGACCUCGGCAGAGCUUCAGAGGACGAGGCCCUUAUCUACGACGCAUACGCCGGCGACAGGACGUCGACUUCGACUUCGAGCUCGUUAUCUAUCGAUAAUCCCAGUCGGUCACCGAGCCCGGACAGCAGAGGCACGGCAUCGGCGUCAGAAAGAGUCCACCACCCACCAAACCUUCCUCCGAUUGUCACGCCAAAGCCUGGCGAGGGAGCGUGGUUUGAGGAUGACCAGCUCACGCCGACUCAGGAGUCGUCGAUGAGUGCGGCAUUACACGCCAUGAGCUUGUUACCGUCGUCUGGUCCAUCCGAGGACAUUUUCCAGCAGCAGCAGCACCAGCAGCACCAGCAGCCUCACCACUUGCCCACUGCCCCUGCCCGCCAUGCAGAGCCCGAGCCCAAGACGCCAACGGCGGCACGACCCUAUUCGGAACUCCCUCCCGGCAUGGCGCCGCCAUCGCAGCGUGUUGCCCCGCCACCGUCGAUUGUUGUUCCCCAGCGCAACGGCCAACUGCAGGUGCCCACCCUGGAACGCCCGUCGUUAAGUCGUACCGACUCUGCCGCCUCCUCCAGCUCCAACGCUUCAUCUGUGGCCUCGGCCGGCAAGGAGAAGAUCAAGGAGAAGGAAAAGAAGGGCGGAUUGUUCUCGAAGAAGAGUCAUUCCCACGACAAGGACAAGGACAAGGGAGAGAAGAAGAAGAAGGAGAAGGACCGCUUCCUAGGCUCCCUCUUCGGCACCAAGAAGAAGCACGAGGAAGCGUCAUCGGUUUCCAACUUUGCCACAGCUGGACCAGCCGCAGCUGCCGCUCUCCUCGGCACAUCCAAGUCGGCCAAGUCGUUACAUGCCGCCGGCUCUGGCACGUUGUCGCCGACAUCCCCAGGCUUCUCCAACUUUGCCCGUUACCCCAUCCACGUCGAGCGUGCCGUGUACCGUCUCAGUCACAUCAAGCUCGCAAAUGCCCGCCGUCCGCUCAUCGAGCAGGUCCUCAUCUCCAACCUCAUGUUCUGGUACCUCGGUGUCAUCGGCCGCACGGCCGGUCCCGCCGAGGACAAGAAGCCCGGGUCGGUCAAUGGAAUCGACAGAGAGCGGGACGAGCAGCUUCGCACGCCGCCCCUCAAGGGCACGCCGUCCAAGCCGGCCGACUCGGGCUCGGCUGGCGUCAAGCAGCCCGACCAGCCUCUCCCGCCGUCGCCAGCGUCGCCCGUGUCUCCCAGGAAGGCAGGCUUAACCAAGCCCGAACGCAGCCGUGGCAACAACAGCGAAGCAGCUUAUCGUGCUCCACAGUACGGCAUGCAGACGGUCCAGAUGGACAAGGACAUGCGGGGGCAACCUCACAGCAAGCAGCCAUCGCAACAUUCACAACAACAGCAUUCACCCAUUCACCACAACCAGCAACCUUCCCAGCAGUACCAGCCCCAGUCUGCUGCCCCUCCCCCUCGCACCGCUUCAAUGCCCGCAUCUCCCAACCGCGUUCGCUCUCCUCCGCCCAACGGCCAGCCUCAGCAGUACCCCCCAGGGGUUGCUCCGCCCGCCCGCCCUGCGAUGCCACAGUCAUCGGGCGGUGGCUAUGGCAUGCAAGGCGGUGGUGGUGGUGGUGGAGGCCACCAGCGACCCGUUGCUGUUCCCGAAGGCCGCGACCCACGUCGUCCUCAGCCCCCGCCUGGAGGACAGCAUGGCCCUCAUGCUGCGCAGCCCGGCGUCCGACCCGGCCAGCAGUACCCGCCCAACGGGGCUGACCCACGUCGCUCAGGAGAAGGCCAUCGGCCAUACCCGCAGCAGCACUCGAGCAGCGGCAGUGGCGGCGGUAGUGCUGGAAGCCCCCAGCCCGGCCAGCUCUUCCAGUACCCAGGCGGCGCUGGCAAUCAGUAUGGCCGACCGGGAGGCCCUACUCCCGGCCAGCACUACUCUGCUCAGCCCGGCCAAAUCUUCCACCACCCGCAGUUCCAGCAGCGACCGGCAGGCAGUGGUAUGCCUCAAAACUGGGAGCCGCCCCAGCGAUUGCCGCCGGGACAGCAGCAGCAGCGUGUACCUGGCCCCGCUCUGGCGCAGGGCCCUCCUCGGCGUACGUCGUCCAACACGCAGGACCCGUAUGGCCGACCGGGAGGCCCGGCGUACGGCAACGGCGGCGGCGGUGGUGGCGGCGGUUCGCGUGAUGGCCAAACGUCGCCAACCAACCAGGGCUUCUACUCUCAGCGCAACCCGGGCCAGCCUGCGUACCCGUACCCACCUUCGGGCGGCGGCCAGGCGCGCCCUCAACCUGUACCAUCUGGACAGUACCCCCACCAUCGUUAA